AUGGACUCACAGCAUAUCAAAAAGGUUGGUGUUCAUGUGGAAAUAUCCCCCUUCACAAUAGAGAUAUGGUUGUAAUAUUAAUAUCUUCUACAACUUUUUAUUGUAAAGUGUCAUAGGAAGUAAAUUCAUCUGUCAAAUGAACUUGUAAUGAUGGAGAUGAGAAUAUAUUCUGUGAAUACUAACUCAAACAAUGCCACCAUGCAAGUCUUAUACAUUUCAAGUUGCUCUGAAUAUAUAUUUUCGGCUGGUAGUUUUCAGUUAAGUUUUUAUUCAGGAAGUACAACAAGAGCAGUUGUUUUGAAGGAAAUUGAGGUAUAACUGCGUUCAUAUAAAAUCUCUCUCUCUCUUUGUGUGAAGGUGGUCAGUCGUGGUGGCACUGCCUCUCCUCUACGGAGGUCAAACGAUGUGAGCUGGUGUGUGGACAUUGUCCCCACAUCCCCCUAUCUAAGUCCACCACACGGACACUGCACUGACACAGAAAGCAGCGGGGAAGAAAAGCACAUAGGGCAGUCCUCUCAUGAUGAUGAUGAUGAUGAUGAUGAAGGACACUAUAAGAGUAAUGAAGCACCAGGGAAUUACUCAAACAGGCAGGACCCCUCUCUGCUGUCCCCAGGUGAUGACCAAUAUCACCUGCCCAGAAGUAGCCCCGUCAUCUCCCGCAGGAGGAAGUCCUUAACAUGGCAUGGAGAUACAGGGCUGUCUCUGUCUGUGUUGCCCCCUACUACUGUGGCCCCUCUGGGUCUUAGUAGUGACCCCCCAUCAACAUCUGACCGAUAUCAUCUUCAUCUUACUGAGACCCCACGGUCAGCAGAGAGGUCAACUGGUAGUGUAGAGGCAGAGUUUAACCCCUGUCACUGUCCUACUAUAUCUCAGUCAGAUAAGCCACGCUGUGUCUCCAUCUCGGCCAACCUGAACCGCCUGCUGACCAGCGGGCUCCAUCUGCCCUUCAGGGGCCCCCAGGGGCCAGGGCUGGAUCAGGAGAAGGGUCACCGUCUACGCUCCACCUCGGAUGCCCAUCCACAAUUAGGUAACCUUUUCAGCUGUCCUGAUAUGGCAGACUUUACAGGUCUUUACAGGUGCAGAGGGAAAAUAAGAAAGUGAGAAAUCAAGGUUCCUUAUGUCUAGUUCACUGAUUUAUAUGUUUUUGUCAUUGUGCUUUGACAUUAAAGUGCCUAUUAAGGAUAAAAGAUCAAGUGAUAUUACACACUGCUCUGCAGACAUGUUCAAGACUGGCUGUGACCUGGACAAGGUAAAUUACCCUCUCUAAAACAUAUUUGCUUAUUUAUAUUUGCUUAUUUAUAUUUUGUUUAUUUUUUAAGCAUCUACAGUGCCUUUGGAAAGUAUUCAACACCCCUUGACUUUUUCCACAUUUUGUUAAAUUACAGCCUUAUUCUAAAAUGGAUUAAAUAACAUUUUUAAUCAGCAAUCUACACACAAUACCCCAUAACGACAAAGCGAAAACUGGUUUUUAUAAAUUUUUGCAAAUGUCUAAAUACAAAAAACGGAAAUACCUUAUUUACAUAAUUAUUCAGACCCUUUGCUAUGAGACUCGAAAUUGAGCUCAGGUGCAUCCUGUUUCCAUUGAUAAUCCUUGAGAUGUUUCUACAAAUUGAUUGGAGUCCACCUGUGGUACAUUCAAUUGAUUGGACAUGAUUUGGAAAGGCACACACCUGUCUAUAUGAGGUCCAACAGUUGACAGUGCAUGUCAGAGCAAAAACCAAGGUCGAAGGAAUUGUCCGUAGAGCUCCGAGACAGGAUUGUGUCAAGGCAUUGAAGGUCCCCGAGACAGGAUUGUGUCGAGGCAUUGAAGGUCCACAAGAACACAGUGGCCUCCAUCAUUCUUAAAUGGAAGAAGUUUGGAACCACCAAAACUCUUGCUAGAGCUGGCCGCCAGGCCAAACUGAGCAGAGAAGGGCCUUGGUCAGGGAGGUGACCAAGAACCCGAUGGUCACUCUGACAGAGCUCUAGAGUUCCUCUGUGGAGAUGGGAGAACCUUCCAGAAGGACAACUAUCUCUGCAGCACUCCACCAAUCAGGCCUUUAUGGUAGAGUGGCCAGACGGAAGCCACUCCUCAGUAAAAGGCACAUGACAGCACGCUUGGAGUUUGCCAAAAGGCACCUAAAGACUCUCAGACCAUGAGAAACAAGAUUAUCUGGUCUGAUGAAACCAAGAUUGAACUCUUUGGCCUGAAUGCCAAGCGUCACGUCUGGAGGAAACCUGGCACCAUCCUAACAGUGAAGCAUGGUGGUGGCAGCAUCAUGCUGUGGGGAUGUUUUUCAGCAGCAGGGACUGGGAGACUAGUCACGAUCGAGGCAAAGAUGAAUGGAGCAAAGUACAGAGAGAUCCUUGAAACCUGCUCCAGAGCGCUCAGGACCUCAGACUGGGGCGAAGGUUCACCUUCCAACAGGACAACGACCCUAAGCACACAGCCAAGACAACACAGGAGUGGCUUCGGGACAAGUCUUUGAAUGUCCUUGAGUGGCCCAGCCAGAGCCCAGACUUGAACCAGAUCGAACAUCUCUGGAGAGACCUGAAAAUAGCUGUGCAGCAAUGCUCCUCAUCUAACCUGACAGAGCUUGAGAGGAUCUGCAGAGAAGAAUGGGAGAAACUCCCCAAAUACAGGUGUGCCAAGCUUGUAGCGUCAUACCCAAGAAGACUCGAGGCUGUAAUCGCUGCCAAAGGUGCUUCAACAAAGUACUGAGUAAAGGGUCUGAAUGCUUAUGUAAAUGUGUUAUUAUUUUUUACUUUUUUAUAAAUCUGCAAAAAAUUCUAAAAACCUGUUUUUGCUUUGUCAAUAUGGGGUAUUGUGUGUAUAUUGAUGAGUAAAAAACAAUUGAACCAAUUUUAGAAUAAGGCUGUUACGUAACAAAAUGUGGAAAAAGUCAAGGGGACUCAAUACUUUCCGAAGGCACUGUAUGAACUCUCUGUGACAUUAUGCUUUAUGCCUGGUGUGUAGGAGAAUGCUCAUUUCAUAGUGGUGGACAUGGUGCUGGAGGCCUUGGAGGGGGUGAAGUGGGCUGUGAGUCUGAGUCAGAAGAGCUGUGGGGCCAUGGGGAACCAUACAGAGGCCUCAGAGGGCUCAGGGACCCAAAUCUGCAUCCACCCCUCAAAGACACACUCUCUUGUGUCCACUGACAGCGGAUAUGAAGGUAGGGAACAAGAGGAUGUAAUAAUGGAAGAGGGCUUUAAAAUGGUCAUGAAUUGUCAUGAAAUUGUCAUAAACAUUUUGGACAAAAACUGUUGGACAAGAUCAUCUUGAAUGCUUUCCUUUUAUUGCUGACCAAUGUUCUAGGUGUGUAGAGAAAUUAUGCAAACACAACCAACCCACCCAGUCAUAUCAGAUAUGUGGUCAUAGAGGACGUAGAGAGGAAGCCAUUUAGGGGUGUGGGAGACAAGGCAAUGACAAAGAAGGAUGUGUCAGUGGGACCAUGUGAGAGAAGAGUGUUCUCUGAGUUAAUGUGUUUCAUAUCACCUCUGUUUGCAUUGUAGGUUGCGGAGCAGACAAUAGACCAAUAACCAGAGGCGCUAAUAUGUCCUUUAAAAGGUAGAAACAAACAAACAGCUACAACCCCAUCACACCUCUGAUUAACUGUGAUAGUAUUCAUCAUAGUCUUCAUACAACAGCUUAAAAAAUAAUUCCUUUUCAUCUUGUCUUGUUCUUACCCCCAUUAUGUCCAUUGUCAGUUCCCUGGGCUGUCCCAUAAUGCUCUGCUCUGCAGAGGGCCUAGCCCAGCAGCUGGUGUGUGACUUCAGGAAGCAGUGGUUUCCCACACAGGAGCUGAAACGCGGCCGUCAGAGCAUCAGGACCUCACUGCAGGAAGUGAGAAUCACUGUGGUUACAAAAUGUGUCCCUGCAGUCAAACACACAAAUACAAAGCACAUUUUAACAGGCAUACUUUCUGUUCUAUUUCGGCUAGCUGGAAUAUUGCAAUAGAGUAGAUUUGUGAAAUACCGUCACUUACACAUGAGGAAUGACUGUGAAAUGUUCAUUACUUCAAUAGGAUGUUUACACCAGACUGGAAGAGUGUGUACCAAUCAAUGACCUUAAUCCCCAGCUUCCUGGUGGUGUUUGUAUGGUGAGUGAUGCCCGUCUUAGUCUGAGUGAGGAGAUCAGACAGAGAACCAGGAUGAGGGGCACUCUGAGCUGGGCCCCGCCCCGGUUCCAGAUCAUCUUCAGCGUCCACCCCACCCAGAGGUCAGUAUGGUGUCACACUGACUUCACUGAUGAUGACUAUUCCUACAGGGGAUGGGCGUGUGCACAAGUUAGAAAUUAUUCUCAUUGUGUCAUGGUAUUACUCCCUUUCACUCUCGGUACAAUACGUUUGUUCUCUUUAUUUCAAUCUGCAAUAAGUCUGUUAAUCAGUUUUCCUCAUAAUUCUGUCUCCUGCCCAGGCGCAGUGAGGUUGUUGCCUCCCAGCACUUCCUCUGUGCAGGCUGUGGAACUGAAAUAGAACCCAGUAAGUACUACUCUAGUCCAGAGAGCUGGACACUCUGGGUGAUCCACCUGGAGCCAUAGCAAGCCCUUUAAUGUCAAAACUGAGGCAGAGCUCUGUACAUAUUUCCUUUGCUGUAUGGCGCUCUGAGAGUGUUUUCGUGUUUAUCGGUGGUUGCGGAGGAAUGCUCUGAAGUGUGUGACCGGAUUAUUUACGGCGCUCACCUGCUGUAUAUUACCUGUGAGAGGAACACACACUGCACACAGUCUCACUCUUUCACACACACACACACACACACACACACACACACACACACACACACUGCUGGGCUUUCACUGACAGAGGCCUGCUUGUCUGCUAGGAGAUAAUGUGUGAAUUAUGUUGUUGUUAUGGUUGAAGAUCCAAGUUUAACUGCUUGACUGCAACCUUUUUACUCUACCUCGUGGAUUCAUUUCUGAACUAAACAAAAAUCAUACAGUGUUGCAGUUAUCAAAGCCUUAGUUUGAUCUAUCCUGUUGCUUUCUACAUUACACAUUAUAUGAAUAUCAGUCCAUCUAGACAAUCACAUUGCUCUCAUACCUCAGGAUACAUCAAGAAGCUGCGCUACUGUGAAUACCUGAGCAAGUACUUCUGUGACUGUUGCCAUGGCGGCGCUGAGUCUGUGAUCCCGGGCUGGGUGCUGACCCAGUGGGACUUUGGGAGGUACCCAGUCAGUGAUUUUUCCAAGCAGCUGCUGGACUCUGUGUGGCACCAGCCUCUCUUCGACCUGACCUGUGUUGGCAAGACCCUCUACAGCAGGGUGCGAGAGCUGGACAGGUUCAGGGUAAGUAGACUCCUAUAGGAGCUGAGAUACUGUAUACAGGGUUUCAACUGGUCUGGGGUCAGUUCUGAUUAUUGUGCUUGAGUGCGGUGUGACUGUCGACUGAGAAUAGAAACUGGGCAGGUCAGUGGAUUAGGUUCAAGCUAACAACUGCAGGCUUUAAGACAAUGAGAGAUAUGGUCUGGGAUCAGUUUUACAGCAGUGGUGAAUCCUCUUCUUCAGCAGUGUCUGGGGGGCUCAUAUCUGUACGAAGAGGAAACUCAGAAUAGGGAUCUCGGAGUCACUGGGAGAAUGUGGAUGAGUCUGUGUCUUUGAUUAGUUCUCCUAAUGUUCAGUGGCGCCAUGCAGGGAAUGUUGCAGAGUCGAGACCUCACACACAUAUUGAUUACAUUAACACUCUCUUCUCCCCUCCCAAGGACCUGCAGGAGCAACUAUUAGGCAUUAAGAGACUGCUGAAAGCAUGCAGAUUAUCUGAGGGGUAAAGACAUCCACUUAAUGAUUCUCCCUUCACCACUCUCUCUCACACUCUCCUUUCUCAUGCCAACUUCUUCACCACACAUGGCACUUUUUGCCUUAUUUUGGGCUAAACUUCAUAAAUCUGUUGGCUGUUGGUUGCAGACGGCAACCUUCCAGUUUUAAUCAUUUGAGCCAUAACUCGCUGUACAGAUGAAAGUUUUCAUCUGGACAGAUAAAUGGGUUAUGAUCUAGCCUGGGUGUUGUUUUAGAUUUAUUCUGAAUAGCCAAAAGUCUUGGUGCUUGACAAAGUUCUUAAUUUGUGCUGUUGUUAUCAUGCUCAGGGUCCUGAAGGAGUUUGAGCAGCUUCCUGAUCACCUGACACAGGAGCCACACCUGUUCUCCAUGGAUGACCUCCUGAGGGUCAAACGGGGUCAGCUGGUGCCGCUGGCCAGGGCCGUGCUCCGGGUGGUCAUCGCCCACGUGGAGAGCUGUCAGGUAUAUCCACCAGUCACAAAAUCAUAGAUGGACAAAUAAAGUUACAUUCUAUUCUAAUAUCUUGACUUCACCUAUGCAGUGUUCAAUAGUUGAGACUAAGAUCUGUUGUGUUUUACCCCAGGUCUGCCUGGCUAGAGGCUUCAUCUGUGAGUUCUGCAAGCAGAAGGAUGUGCUAUUUCCCUUCCAGAGCGAGACCUGCACACGCUGUGAAGGCAAGUGUUUUUCUGAUCAGACAGAGAUAGUCCGCUCUUCACCUUGACUUUUUUUUAAAUACACAUAAAUCUGAUAACGAUGCAUCUCUCUCCUUUUAGUGUGCAAGGCCUGUUUCCACAAAGACUGCUUCAGAGAUGAGGAGUGCCCUAAAUGUGCACGGAUCCAAUCUCGAAAAAAGCUGAUGGACACGUUCGGCCUCUAGAGUACAUGUUGGAAGUGUGGGAAAAUAUCCUCACAUUGUUACAUGUGUUUGUCUCUUGAAUCUGAAU